GUGAUGGAUUUGAACUUAACAGUGAUUGACAGCGGUUUGUUGGAGAGUGACCAAUCAACGCGAGUUCUCACUGGCUGUUUCCUGUCUCUCCUCAUUCUUUCCACACUGCUGGGAAACACGCUAGUUUGUGCAGCAGUCACGAAAUUCCGUCAUCUCCGCUCCAAAGUCACCAACUUCUUUGUCAUCUCACUGGCUGUGUCAGAUCUAUUGGUUGCCAUCUUGGUCAUGCCUUGGAAGGCUGUAACGGAAAUCGUUGGCUUCUGGCCUUUUGGAUCAUUCUGUGACAUCUGGGUGGCUUUUGAUAUCAUGUGCUCAACAGCAUCCAUCCUCAACCUUUGUGUUAUCAGUGUAGACCGGUACUGGGCCAUUUCCAGCCCAUUCCGCUAUGAGAGAAAGAUGACUCCCAAGGUGGCAUUUGUGAUGAUCAGCACAGCUUGGACGCUGUCUGUGCUCAUCUCCUUUAUCCCAGUGCAGCUGAACUGGCACAAGGCACAGCCAGCGAGCUUCCCGUUGCAGAAUGAUUCUCAUGGGGCACCUUUAAUGGACAACUGUGACUCUAGCCUCAACCGAACCUAUGCCAUUUCCUCCUCCCUCAUCAGCUUCUAUAUCCCAGUGGCCAUCAUGAUUGUGACCUACACACAGAUUUACAGAAUAGCUCAGAAGCAGAUUAAGAGGAUCUCUGCGCUGGAGAGGGCUGCUGAGAGCGCCAAGUUCCGGCACAACAGCAUGGGCAGCAACUGCAAUAUGGACUCUGAGAGCUCCUUUAAAAUGUCUUUCAAAAGGGAGACCAAGGUGCUAAAGACCCUGUCGGUUAUAAUGGGAGUGUUUGUGUGUUGCUGGUUGCCCUUCUUUGUCCUUAACUGCAUGGUGCCAUUUUGCGAGCGUAACCUUCCAUGUAUCAGUCCCACCACCUUUGACAUCUUCGUGUGGUUUGGUUGGGCAAACUCUUCUCUCAACCCCAUUAUAUAUGCCUUCAAUGCAGACUUUCGCAGAGCUUUUGCCAUUCUCUUGGGCUGCCCUAGGCUUUGCCCAGGUCACAGUGUCAUAGAGACACAUAGCCUAAAUAAAAAUUGAAAUGACCCUGCUACACGAUUUUCUUCCUCCAUGGGGUCAGAGGAUAUUCUUACUAUGUGGGGGACCCUGCUCUAAAAUACAGCCUAUGGCACAUUCCCCUGUGCCAGAACAAUCAUGUGUACAAGAGGGGUGAAGGGAUUUGGGAUUAAGGCUCUGAGAAGAAAGCCCUACUGCUGUGCUGGGCACCAGUACUGAUGUUUCUGUUAAGGGGAUAAUCUUUUUGACAGGUAAUGCUCCUGACUCCAAAGACUGAUUGCCUUGAAAUCCUGCAGCUAUGGACUAUUUCAGGCAUGAGCAAAUUAUACAACUUUAAGGGACUAGGCCUUUAGGAAUUUUAUAUUUCCUUCCCUAUGACUAUGUUUCACUUGUGGACCUUAAGAACUAUAAUGAACAAAGAAGAAUGUUUUUAUGGAAAGGAGGUCAAAUGUGACUGAAACCUGCAUACGGAACAGUCUAUAUAUGAACUGGAAUUGAAACUAAUGACUUUAGCUGGGCAAACACAGAAUACAAUGGGAUGUAUUUUCUGUAGUGCUCUUUUCUCUGCAGCUCAUUUCCAGUUUUUAAGCUGGUCUUUCAAAGAUAAAGACACAUCAGUAUAAGGGUUAAUUUUUGGCAUUCACAUCAAAUUAUUUGCUGUUGACAAAUGUCUUAAUUAACUGGAUUAGAUUUUUUUGAAUUCUUGCAUAACCAAGCGCAACAAAUGUUUGUAGGAAAUAUACACAGAACAGUAUG